AUGACUAUGAAUGUUGAUGAAGAAGUAAGCAGAUUGAUCGAAGAGAUCACAAGACUCGGUACAAAGAGACCAGAUGGUAAAAUCGUUGUUAAAUAUGGUGUCUUGUUCAAUGAUGAUAUUGUUGCAAACACAUUCGAAGCCUUGCUUGGAACAUUGAAGGCUGCCAAGAGAAAGAAGUUGAUUACCUACGAUGGUGAAAUCUUGUUGCAACGUGUACAUGAUAAUGUCGACAUCAUUAUUUUGUAA